GAUCCCCACUUUAAUUCACCUCUCCACUCCUCAAUAAACAAAGCAAAAAAAAAAAAAGAAAAACAAAGCUUGACAAAAUGUGCGAAAAGGAGUCGGAAGCAAAAAAAAAAUUACAAGCAGUAGCCAAGUAUGGUCAUUGCUUACAAGUUUUAUGUAAAGAUUCAGACGUGCAACUCCUUUGGCCUUCCUACGAUGAACUUUAUGCUCAAGUCUCUAGUGGAAUCAUAUUCAACAAUAAGAAGUAUAAGCUUGAUAAGAAGACAAACAGUAACUGGUGGUGGAUAUAUCCAAGAGCCUUGUCAAUAGCAUGGGUUAGCGAUGCUCGUUACUGGAAGUGGAUAAACUUCACAGAAGCUGGGGAAAAAUGGGACGUGCCGGAGCUUAUACAAGUAUCUUGGUUUGAUGUGCGUGUGAAAAUCAGUUCACCAAUCCUUUCAUCAAGAGUUGUGUAUGUUAUAUAUUUUAUAGUAAAGAUACUCCCAGGAGCUUCAGGAUGGGAAGUUCCUGUGACUCUAGAACUGAAGAGGCCAAAUGGGUGCAAGAUAGAAAGUAAAUUAAUUCUGAACAGUUUAAAACGAGGAGAAUGGGUGGAGAUUGCGGCUGGUGAUCUCUCGGUCGAUAACUGUAGCUGUGAGAGUGGUGGUGAGAUAGAGGUUGGCCUAUAUCAACAUGAUGGGCGUUGGAAGAAGGGUCUUAUUAUCAAAGGUGUUGAAAUUCGACCAAAAUCGUGUUUUGCAUAAAAAUCAUGAUCAGAGAUAUCAUGAUCAUCUAUCAGAAGUAUUAUCAAAAUAUAAGUAUGUAAUAUCGACAUAAUAUAUGUCAUAAAUAAUAUCCCUUUUUGCUUAAAUAUAAGCAACAAAGGUUGAGUACUUUUAUAAACAUCCUUUUGUUUUAGAUACCAUAAGAUAAUGAAUGGCAUAUGCAAAUGAGCUAAUCAGUAAUAUCAUGAAUAAAGAGAGAUAAAUUAUAUA